GAGACAUAGUAGGCCAGUGUGUGGAUGCUCCUUGCAGCUUGUUGCUUCAAAGCAAAACAAAGCGGUCCGUGGAUCGGCCGAUUGACUUGUUCCUGAAGACAUGAGGUCCCGUUGCUAGAGGGUAGACGCAGUCCGGCCAAGAGAGGAGACUACGGGGGGCAGGCAUGGCCGUGCGCAUCAUACGUGGACUGGAAGACCUGGUGGCGUCGGGGAGCCAGCUCGUCUGGAGCCUGGCGCACGAGACAUUGAGGACGUGGUACAGUCGUGGGCUGAUCCCAUGCAGGCGCCUCUUGGAAUCCUGGUUCAAGAUGGGAAAAUGCUACCAGAUGACCGAAGGUCGUGUGUGUCAGAUUCACCUCCUCGACGGCAGGAAGCUGGAGCUGCUGGUUCAGCCAAAGCUGUUGUCUCGGGAGCUGCUGGAUCUGGUGGCGUCUCACUUCACCCUGAAGGAGAAGGAAUACUUCGGCUUGUGCUUCAUAGACGACAUUGGCCAGAAUAACUGGCUCCAGCUGGAUCGUAAAGUGCUUGAUCAUGCCUUCUCCAAGACAUCGGGGCCACUGGAAAUCAAGUUUCUUGUGAGGUUUUAUGUUGUGAAGAUCACCCUGUUGAAAGAGAAUACGACCGUGGAGCUUUUCUACUUAAACGCUAAAUCUUUAGUGUUUAAUGAAACCAUUGAAGUGGAGAGCGAACAUGUUUUCAAGUUAGCCGCUUUCGCAUUGCAGGAGGCCAAAGGAGAUUAUUCCAGUGCUGAGACUACAGCAUCGGACCUAAAGCAGCUACCAGUUCUCCCCACCAGAGUACUGAGGGAGCAUCCAUCGCUUAACUACUGUGAGGAGAGAGUGAUUGAACAUUACAAGAAACUCAAGGGAGUGACCAGAGGACAAGCCAUCGUAAAAUAUCUGGCCCUGGUGGAAUCUCUGCCCACAUAUGGAGUUCAUUAUUACCCCGUGAAGGAUAAGCAAGGAAUACCAUGGUGGCUGGGAGUCAGCUAUAAAGGCAUCGGCCAGUACGAUUUGCAGGAUAAGUUGAAACCAAGAAAGUUGUUUCAGUGGAAGCAGUUGGAGAAUUUGUACUUCCGGGAGAAGAAAUUCGCAGUGGAAGUGAACGACCCGCACAGAAGAACAGUGACCAAACGGACUUUCGGACAAGCCGGCCUGGUUAUCCACUCCUGGUAUGCCAGCCACUCUCUGAUCAAAACCAUCUGGGCGAUGGCCAUCAGUCAGCACCAGUUCUACCUGGACAUGAAGCAAACCAAAUCCAACAUGACCACAACCAGAAGCUCGAGCGACAUCGCCGUGGACCUCACCGAGCUCAAUAUCCCGCGGAUCAGCAAACUCUCCAACGACCCGCUCAUCAUGGCCAGCAACGGCAGCCUCAUCUCCACCGGUUCUGCGGACUCUGAAGUCAGCGAGGAGCAGAAGAAGGAGAAGAUUGCCGAGUUAAAAAAGAAAGAAAAGGACCUUCAAGACAAACUGACACAGAAGCUUGAAGAACUAAAAAAGAUCUGCAUGAGGGAAGCUGAGAUCACAGGGAAGCUGCCUAAAGAGUAUCCCUUGGCAACAGGAGAGAAAGCCCCUCCAGUGCGUCGGCGCGUCGGGACGACUUUCAAGCUGGACGACCUGAACCUUUACGACAAGGACCCUCAUCUCAGAAACCUGGAGAGCAAGCGCGCCCUGCAGCAGAAGAUCGUAGAAGCGGCCGAGAGGCUGCUCAAAGAGGACGGCCUGGACAAAACAGUGAAGAGGAAAAGAAGAAACAACCACCUGGACUCCAAGAGGAAGCUGGAGGACAUCGAGAGAGAGAUUAAUAACUACAAGAUAGGAGCCAGGCUUGCUCCGAGAGGCUCGUUAAUCUCAGCAGAUGACGCUCAAUGUUCAGAGCUCAGCUCUCUUUCUGGCAGCCUCACUCUGGAUGAUGACGAUGAACUGGGUUCUCAGAGGGAGCGGUCUCGAUCGGUCCAGUAUUCCCCAAGGCCGCAUCACGCCGUGACUCUGGACAUCUUUCACAACAAAGACAGACGACCCUCCGCUAACGUUCCGCUCCCAGCAGGAAGUUCUAGGUUAAAUUAUGACCCAGUCCAGGAAUCGCUCCAUUACAGCCACAUUGAUGGUGUAUCAAGCAGCAACAGUCCACUCAGGCGGCCAUGUGAUGCCCGCAGCAUGCCUCCUACACCCCUCCUCACCCGCAACGCCUACAGCAGCACACAGCUCAGAUCGGAGGAUGCCGCUCAGCAUUUCCACCAGAGAAGUGGGAGUUUGGAGUCUCUGUCUCAGCUCAUGAUGGAGACCAAACCGCCCGUACCGUGCAUCACCGUCUCCGCCGCUCGCCGCUGCAACAGCACCGAGGUCAUCGACGACGGCUCGUCGCACACCAGCCAAUCCAGCGUGGAGUACAGCGCGCCCGGCAACCACACCCAACGGCGGCGGACGCGCGGUCGCCACAGAAACGACCUGUACGCCAACACCGGCAGCAUGCCCAACCUUGCGCAGUCGGACACCCGUUUCUACACCUACCAGCCUCAAGGGCGACCCAACACCACGGCGUAUUACGUCACCGGCUACCCCAACCACCUGGAGCCGGAGCCUUACACCAACAGAGUUUACAUGUACGAGGACGAGCUGGAGGGUCACUACAACGUCAACCCCUCCUACCACCACUACCACCACGCGCAGCAGGGUUACUACGGCCACGACGUCCACCCGCAGUACGGCUCGGACGUUACGGACUGCCUUUCGCACAACGUCUACGCCACGAUACGGCCGCCCAGGAACCGGCAGGCGCCCCGUGGCACCGAGCAAGUCAGCAGGAGCAUCCCGAAGGCCCUGGUGGUGGAGCACCUGAAGGGCUGGUACCAACGCAACGCGCCGCAGAAACAGGGAACGCAUCACUGCGACUACAACAGAGGCUCACAGCACAGCCUGAGUUACCAGACCAUGCCGGCGCCGUAUCCUCACAACCACAGGAACAUGUACUACUCCUCAGUGUCGUCAGCCUCCUCCUCCAGCGGAAACUGGCACAUGAGUAAUCGUGGAAUGUCAGAUUACGACAUGCCCAUGCAUGAGUCGUUCUCCUGCUCAUACAGCACAGCUCCCUACGGCCACCCGACCCACAGCAGAUGCCUCCCAGAAACUAGGAUGCCGGCCCCUGCGGGGCCUUUAGAGAGGUUUGCCAGUGCCACUGAAUGGGAAAAUUUACCCCAAUAAUUUUCAGUCUCAGCAGAUGAGAAAGGGUGAGAAAGAAAAAGAAUUACGGUGGCGGUGAUGUGUGGUUUCAGUCGUGCAGCAGGGACUAAAGGAGCGCUCCAAAUCACUUCCAAAGACUUCUUCUGAUUGGUUCAAGCCGGGUGUUUUUGUGGUGGCGGGAGAGCACCUGUGUGGCAGAGGGUGACCUCUGAACCUUGUGGCAUUUAAAUCUGUGCAUGUUUGUCUGUGCAUCUUUUAAUGUAAUGUGUUGUGAUACUUGACUAAUUUAAAACAGACUUUGGGAUUAACAAACCCAGAAUGAGGGAUGCACCGAUCAGAGAUACUUCCUGUGACUGAUUUUAACUUUAACGACUCUGACUGGCUGAUAACCAAUCCCAGUUUAUGUUUAAGGUGUAUAAGAAGUAAAAUAUGUUUUUCUUUUUUCUGAAUAAAUUAAAGUUUGCAUUUACUGUUUUAUAUAAAAACAAUUCCACAGUAAUGUCCUCCAGGUUAAUCUAUUAAUCUAUUGUUCUUCUUUAACUUUACUCUCAGUCACCUCCCUGAUACUGAAAUAGCUGAGUGUUCGUUCUUCUUCCACAACUUCCUCGCCGGAAUGUCUUUUUUUUUUUUUUUCACUAACACCUGCUAGCCUUUAGGCCUGGUGUCUUCACAAAUCAGCCAAUCAGGGUCAGUCGAGGGUAAAAAUAAAAUCAACCGAUUCCAGUCAUCGGCCGAUUUUUCUGUGCAUCUCUAUCCAAAAAUAUGCAACCUGUAUUGAUUUUUAUUUGUGAUCUCACCAAACGUGUCCGAAUGUUUUUUUGUGUGCGUGUUUCUUCCAGAUCCACCGUGGAUGUGAGUCACAUGGACUCCCAAAUGAACAACCAGACACACGGCACGGAGCCAGAAGAGCAGAUUUUCUGGCACGAAGGCUCCAAACCAGGAACUAUAGUCUAGUUCUGCAGGAUUCCUUCGUGUUGACGAGCCAUCAUUGUGCCUUAGACUGCACUUACUAGUUUUGGUUUUGUUUUGUUUUUUUUUGUCUAAAAUGGACUUGAAGAAUGAAGGAACUUAAUGGAACUAGGCGAAUGAAGUGCUGAGUUUCAGUUUUCUGCUGAAUGCUUUUUGCAAAGCGAUGAAAGGGUUCUCUCUCCACUGGAGCCAACUGGAACGUCAGGGUGUUAGCGAUGGUUAUCGCCUGUGCACUGAAACCGAACCUGCUGCAGACUGAACGCUUCAGGCAGAGGGUGAUUCCAGACUAAACUUUGACAGUGUUUGCCUUCAGAGAUGCCACCUUCACACACACUCACACCGUCUCUGCUAAAAAAAAAAGUAAAGGAACCUGAGCGAAGACGAACAACUUCAACAACUGACCUGUUUUGUUUUGUUAUUGAACACUGGAACCAUGAAGGAGGAGCCAAACAUCAACAUGAAGGAUUGAACUCAUUAAAAUGAGUUAUAAAAAAACAAUAUUUUACACAGUUUAUAACCCCAAUGAUUCAAACAACCAGCCCACUUCCUUUAGUCUUUCAAUUGAUCACUGAAAAAAAAAAUAUGUGAGCCAAAUCUUUAUUUGUAGCACCAUGUGAGUAUUACAGGUCACCAGUUUGAGAUUACUGCCACUUCCUGUUUUGUGUUUGUUACUUGGUUUAUUUGAUCCAUGCUGGAAAUCAUGGGCCGGUGCUCAUCCGUUCUCUCUAGAGAAUGGACCUGUAUGUAAGUGUUGUUAUUGUAAAUACACUGGUUCUCUCCUUUUUUUUUUUAAAUGCAUUUUUUUAUAUAUUUGGGGGGGAAAGCACAUGUAAUAUAUAGUGAACGAUAAUUGUUAAGCUGGUUCUUAGUUAUUUGUAUAAUUGUGCGUUUGUUUGCAAUAAAAAAAAAAAAAAGUA